UUUAUUAUUGUACCAUUGCUAUAGCCUAAUAUGUACUGUUGCUAUGGUUAUGCCACAAAUGGAAUCUAUGCCCUACAUGCACCUGUCUUGGGAGUGGGCGUGUCUGUUUAUUUUUGUACCAUUGCUAUGGCCUAAUAUUUACUGUUGCUAUGGUUACUCCACAAAUGGAAUCUAUGCCCUAAUGUGAAACCAAGCUAAAGUUAGUGCAAGGCAAUAAGAUAAGGGUGGCUAAAUGCCAGAGGGGAUGAAACAUUAACAUAAAGAGGAGUUACUAUGUGUGUGACGUAAGGAGGAAAACUGUAUAAAAAAGUCUGGAAAGACAUUGACUGAAUAUUUCCACUACACUCUCCUUCCGCACUGAGUCCAAACCUACAGUCACUGGGUCCUGAUUGUGACAGUAGAGCCCAGUUUGCACUGCAGGAUACAGAGAUGGCAUCAGUGAAGCUGGAAGACUGUAGUCAAACACUGGAGCUGAAUGCCAACAUUAAAGAUGAAGAAGAAGAGGAGAAGAUUGGGACAUCUGUUUCUCAUGGGUGACUAGAAUUAAGUCUGAGGCCGGUAACAUUAAAAGUGAGCACAAACCCAGCCUGCCUCUCUCAUUCCACACUAUGUCCAAGCCUACAUUCACUGGGUCCUGAUUGUGACAGUGGAGCCCAGUUUGCACUGCAGGAUCCAGAGAUGGCAUCAGUGAAGCUGGAAGACUGCAGUCAAACACUGGACCUGAAUGUCAACAUUAAAGAUGAAGAAGAGGAGGAGACGAUUGGGAAAUCUGUUUCUCAUGGACGACUAGAAUUUAGUCUGUGGCCGGUAACAUCAAUAGUGAGGACAAACCCAGCCUGCCUCUCUCAUUCUACACUAUGUCCAAACCUACAUUCACUGGGUCCUGAUUGUGACAGUGGAGCCCAGUUUGCACUGCAGGAUCCAGAGAUGGCAUCAGAGAAGCUGAAAGACUGCAAUCAAACACUGGAGCUGAAUGUCAACAUUAAAGAUGAAGAAGAGGAGGAGGAGAUUGGGAAAUCUGUUAGUCAUGGAAACCAUGUAGAGACUUUCUCUACAUCCAGAGAGCAACAGCAGGAAGAUCACAGAGCUAAGAGGUCUCACCACUGCCCACAUUGUGAGGAGAUUUUCCCAAUUCUAUCAAAGCUAAAAAUACACCUAAAAAUACACACAGGAGAGAAUCUGUAUUCCUGUACUGACUGUGGGAAGGACUUCACAACAUUAAAGGUUCUGAUAGUUCAUCAGAGAGUGCAUGAACAGAUACAUACAGGAUUGAAGCCUUACUUCUGCUCUGACUGUGGAAAAAGUUUCUCUCGACUGGACACCUUAAAAAGACAUGAACAUAUACAUACAGGAGAGAAGCCUUACUCCUGCUCUGACUGUGGGGCAAGUUUCUCUCGACUGGGCCACCUAAAAACACACGAAGGUAUACAUACAGGAGAGAAGCCUUACUCCUGCUCUGACUGUGGAAAGAGUUUCUCUCGACUGGGCCACCUAAAAACACAUGAACGUAUACAUACAGGAGAGAAGCCUUACUCCUGCUCUGACUGUGGGAAGAGUUUCUCUCUACUGAGCAACUUAAAAGCACAUGAACGUAUGCAUACAGGAGUGAAGCCUUACUCCUGCUGUGACUGUGGAAAGAGUUUCUCUCGACUGGGCCACCUAAAAACACAUGAACGUAUACAUACAGGAGAGAAGCCUUACUUCUGCUCUGACUGUUUAAAAUGCUUCACAACAUCAAAUGACCUAAAAGUUCAUCAGAGAACACACACAGGAGAGAAACCUUACUCCUGCUCUGAUUGUGUAAAAUGCUUCACAACAUACUCUGGUCUUGAAAGUCAUCAGAGAACACACACAGGAGAGAAGCCUUAUGCCUGCUCUAAUUGUGUAAAAUGCUUCACAUCAUCAACUAACCUAAAAAUUCAUCAGAGAACACACACAGGAGAGAAGCCUUACACCUGCUCUGACUGUGGAAAGAGUUUCUCCCGACUGGGCAACUUAAAAAGACAUGAACGUAUACAUACAGGAGUGAAGCCUUACUAAUGCUCUGACUGUUGGAAGAGUUUCUCCCAACAGGGCAACUUAAAAAUACACCAAUGUAUACAUAAAGGAGAGAAGCCUUACUCCUGCUCUAACUGUGGGAAGUGCUAUACAACAUCAACUGGCCAAAAAGUUCAUCAACGACAACACACAUGAGAGAAGCCUUAAUCCUGCUGUGACUGUGGGAAGUGCUACACAACGUCAACUGAGCAAAAAGUUCAUCAAAUAGGACACACAGAAGAGAAGCCUUGCUUCUGCUCUGACUGUGGGAAGAGUUUCUCCCAACAGGGCAACUUAAAAAUACACCAACGUAUACAUAAAGGAGAGAAGCCUUACUCCUGCUCUGACUGUGGAAAAUGCUUCACAACAUCAACUGAGCUUAGAGUUCAUCAGAGAACAAACACAGGAGAGAAGCCUUACUGUUGCUCUGACUGUGGGAAGAGUCUCUCCCAACAGAUCCACUUAAAAUGUCACCAGCGAAUACACACAGGAGAGAAGCCUUACUCCUGCUCUGACUGUGGGAAGAGUUUCUCCCGAUUGGCCACCUUAUUAAAAACACAUCAAUGUAUACAUAAAGGUGAGAAGCCUCAUCAGUUGUCUCAGACCAGCCAAGAUUAGUCACUACAUCACCUCAUUCUCAUCUUAUAAAGGAAGUGGUAACAUUGAAUUUGAUAACAUUAACACUCUAUUGUAAUCAUAUUUUUUUCUCAAUGUGUUAUCUGUGCAGAGGAAAGGGAGCAUUAUAGAAUGUCAUUGGAAAUGAUCUUUCUCCAUCUUUUUUACUACAAAACAUAGAAGCGCAUCAACAUGUACUUUAGCAUUUUAGCUAAUAAGCAACUUUGCAACAACAUUGCAUGACCAAACAUCUCAUUCCAAAAUCAUGGACAUUAAUAUGGACUUGGUCCCCCCUUUGCUGAAAUAACAGCCUCCACUCUUCUGGGAAGGCUUUCCACUAGAUGUUGGAACAUUGCUGUGGGGACUUUCAUUCAGUCACAAUGGAUGUUGGGUGAUUAGGCCAGGCUCGAAGUUGGCAUUCCAAUUCAUCCCAAAGUUGUUAAAUGGGGUUCAGGUCAGGGCUCUGUGC